AUGCAAAUAAUUCGAAAAUUUCUUAAAUUAUUUGCUAUAUUGUUUUUGCCAUAUCGUUACGGCGAAGCUCACCUUUCAGGAUGUACAUAUGACUUUAUUGUGAUCGGAGGUGGAACUGCUGGAAGUAUUGUUGCUAGUCGCCUUUCAGAAAAUCCGUGUGUCCGCGUUUUAUUGCUUGAAGCUGGUCCAAUGGAGAAACAUCCAUUAGCUUUUGUGCCAUUGGCGUCAGUAUUAACUUACGAAAGUUCUGUGUGGAAUUGGAAAUAUAAGUUGGAGCGAUACGGUAAUAGUUGUCUCGGUAUGGUCAAUCAAGAAUGCUGCUUACCAAAAGGCAAGGGUCUUGGCGGAUCAACACUUAUUAACGGGAUGCAGUACGUACGUGGAAAUAAAGCGAAUUUCGAUGGAUGGGGUCUCACUGGUUGGAGUUGGGAUGAUGUGUUGCCGUAUUUUAUGAAAUAUGAACGGAAUACCUUAGAUCCCGCGAGAGGAAAAUUCGACUCUUCCGUCCAUGGAGACAGUGGAAAAAUGAAUACGAUGUAUGUGAAUUAUCGCACAAAACUUAUGGAAGAUUUUUAUGAAGCAGGCAAAUAUGAAGGAUAUGCAUGGGAUUUCGAUUAUAACAAUGGAAGUCAAUUAGGUGUACAUUUUAUGCAAACUUCUACACGCAAUGGAAGUCGAGAAGAUACAGGAACGAGAUACAUUGAAGAUGUUCUUCCACGAUCCAAUUUAGUUUUGCGUGUCAACUCGCACGUGACGAAGAUAUUAUUUAAAGGAAAAAAAGCGACAGGAGUUUUGUAUGAAAGACAAGGACUUACUUACAAAGCAACGGCUACAAAAGAAGUAAUUUUAAGUGCUGGUGCAUACAACUCCCCGCAACUUUUGAUCUUGAGUGGCAUUGGACCGCAAGAAACUUUAAAAAAAUUUAACAUUCCUUCGGUAAAAUUUUUGCCAGUAGGUCAAAACUUGCAAGAUCAUUCUGUUAUCAUGGCUCCCAUUUACGUUUUAAACACCACCGGAAAUUCUAUGUUUAAUGACGAUCCAAAUGCGUUCAACGAUUAUUUGCAGAAUUUUAAUCAACCGAAUCCCUUACAUAUUGCCCAAGCAGCAGGCUUAUUUUUCGAUAAAAUGGAUGAUUCUCCAUAUCCUACUGGUGUUCCCGACGUUGAAGUACUUAUGUUUCCCGGAGGUGCGUACGGAGGUUUCCUGCGAGAUGCGUUUUGCUUUGAACCAAGUAUUUAUGAUAAAGCAUAUGCGGGAUUGUCAAACAAUAAAAAUGAUACAAUUUCUCUCUCUUCGAUGUUAGUUCAUCCAAAAACGCAGGGCUAUGUUACGAUUCGUGAUACAAAUCCUUUCUCAAAACCAAUCAUACAUAAUAACAUGCUCCAAGACCCAUACGACAGGAAAGCAAUGCUAUUUGGCAUUCGAAGAUCACAAAAUAUUAUCGAGUCCCCGGCCUUUGCAAAAUACAAUCCGCAACUCUAUCUAUAUGAUAUUCCGGCAUGUAAUGAUUUCGGAGCUAACAGUGACAAAUAUUGGCUCUGUGUCAUGGCUUACCUAGCAAUACCAGGUAGUCACGAUACGGGAACAUGUUGCAUGGGCGCCAAAAACGACAAAAAAACGGUCGUUACGCCAGAUCUGAAGGUUAAGGGUGUUCAAAAGUUGAGAGUUGCAGAUGCUUCGGUGAUUCCGCAUAUCAUUUCAGGUAAUACGGCAGCAGCUACUAUGAUGAUUGGUGAAAAGGCAGCAGAUCUCAUCAAGUUGGAGCAUGGAAUAUAA